UAUCCGGCUCCGGGAAGAGAAGAAAUGUCUUCUAUAAAAAGAAAUCCAAAGCAAGAAAUAGUUUCUCAAUUUCACUAUUCAGCUGCAGAAGGAGAUAUUGCCAGGUUAACAGUAAUACUCAGUCAUUCUCCAUCUCUUCUCAAUGAAACUUCUGAAAAUGGCUGGACUGCUUUAAUGUAUGCUGCAAGGAAUGGGCACCCAGAUGUUGUCCAAUUUCUACUUGAGAAAGGGUGUGACAGAUCCAUUGUCAACAAAUCAAGGCAGACUGCACUGGAUAUUGCUAAAUUUUGGGGUUACAAGCAUAUAGCUAACUUACUAGCUAAUAAUAAAGGUGGGAAGAAGCCUUGGUUCCUAACCAAUGAAGUAGAAGAAUGUGAAAAUUAUUUUGGCAAAACGCUGUUGGACCGGAAAAGUGAAAAAAGAAAUAAUUCUGACUGGCUACUAGCUAAAGAAAGCCAUCCAGCCACAGUUUAUAUACUUUUCUCAGAUUUAAAUCCCUUGGUUACUCUGGGUGGCAACAAAGAAAGUUCCCAACAGCCAGAAGUCAGGCUUUGUCAGCUGAACUACACAGAUAUAAAGGAUUAUUUGGCUCAGCCUGAAAAGAUCACCUUGAUUUUCCUUGGAGUAGAACUUGAAAUGAAAAAAGAGUUACUUAAUUAUCCUGGGGAAGUCCCAAGAGAAGAAGAAGAUGGGUUGGUUGCCUGGUUUGCUCUAGGUAUAGAUCCUGUUGCUGCUGAAGAAUUUAAGCAAAGACAUGAAAAUUGUUAUUUUCUUCAUCCUCCAAUGCCAGCUCUUCUGCAAUUGAAAGAAAAUGAAGCUGGAGUUGUAGCUCAAGCAAGAUCCGUUCUUGCCUGGCACAGUAGAUACAAGUUCUGCCCAACCUGUGGAAGUGCAACUAAAAUUGAAGAAGGUGGAUAUAAAAGAGUAUGCUUAAAAGAAGACUGCCCUAGCCUCCAUGGCGUUCACAAUACAUCAUAUCCAAGAGUUGAUCCAGUAGUAAUCAUGCAAGUUAUUCAUCCAGAUGGGACCAAAUGUCUUUUAGGCAGGCAGAAAAGAUUUCCUCCAGGCAUGUUUACUUGCCUUGCUGGAUUUAUUGAACCUGGGGAGACAAUAGAAGAUGCUGUUCGGAGAGAAGUAGAAGAGGAAAGUGGUGUCAAAGUUGGCCAUGUUCAGUAUGUCUCUUGUCAACCAUGGCCAAUGCCCUCUUCCUUAAUGAUUGGUUGCUUAGCUGUGGCAGUGUCUACAGAAAUUAAAGUUGACAAGAAUGAAAUAGAGGAUGCCCGCUGGUUCACUAGAGAACAGGUUGUGGAUGUUCUGACCAAAGGGAAGCAGCAGGCAUUCUUCGUGCCACCAAGCCGAGCGAUUGCACAUCAGUUAAUCAAACACUGGAUUGGAAUGAACCCCAAUCUCUAAAUCAAUAACUAGACUUUGACUGAGUACUAAUUGAUUUCUAAUACUACUUAUUUCAUCACUGCUCUUUAGAAUGUCACAAUACAAAAUAUCAUAUUGGGUGUCUAAAAUAUUUUCAAAGUGUACUUUUCAUCUUAACCACAGAAUUCUUAACUUUAUAAAUUACAACAUUGCCUCAGAUUUUGUUAAAUCUGGA